AUGUCCGGUGGUCCGCAGCACUCUUUUCCGUUUCAUUCUCAGAGUAGUAAUCAGCACGACGCUUCCUACCCUUCUUUUUCGCCCACUUCCCCAAAUCAGUCGCCUUCGGUCUACCCACAGCAUCCCGGCGCCUAUCCUCACCAUCCUCACCACACCAACGCUUUUCCUCAUUCAACUAUCGACAAUCACUUUGCGUCUGCGCAGCCUUCCUAUUCAUACAACCUCCACAAUCACUCGGGCUACCAUACAGGCCACAUUCAGCCUGACAAGGCCGCUCACUUCCCGUCGCAUCAGCAGUACGCAUAUCCGGCUUCGUCGUCUGCCUUCAAUACCCACUCGACCAGCUUUGCUCCUCCCCUCGACGCAACAGCAGCAGCGCAUCUGUCCCGCGAAACAGCCUUUUUGCAACCCAACUCGGCCUCUACCUCUCAUCUUCUACCAGCACAGUGGAAUCAACAGCAGCCACUACCACCCUCUUUGCUCGGAACUUCUUUCCACUCGCACUCGCACUCGCACUCGCCCUCGCCUCAGCCUGAGGCAAAAGCUUACCAAAGUCAUCCUAGCUCGUCCCGCGACCAGUACUACCAGCACCAGCAAAGCUCGUUCGUAGCCUCGUCUCAGACGCCGCCAGCAGCGCAAUUCCUUGUCAGGGCUGGAGCCGACCUCGAGUCCCCUUCGAAUCCCUCGUUUUCCAACAUCGACUCGACAAGCCUUUCGCCUCAGAAACCCGCCUUGCGCAUCAAGCUUAGACGUACCUUCAAAUCGCAAGACGCCAGCCCCAUUGGCCAGCAAGCCCAAGCUCAGCUCCAGAUCGAUUCACCACCAAUCAACAACAUGCCAGUCGGACGGCCCACCAGGAAUGCUGCCACUGCGGCUUCUGCCAGCAUCCACAACUCCUUUUCCGAUAGUCCUGGCCAUCGUUCUGUCCGCACCCGCCAGAUCAAGCAGCAACCCGGCAGCGACGAAGAAUUCGAAGAAGUAAGUCAAUCACGACAGAUUGCCCAUCGUAAAGUGCACCAUGCCAACGAUGAGGACAGCUACGACAACCAUGAUCAUGACGACGAUGAGCGAAAAGAAGCACAACACAGUGAAACUCGUGACAGAAGCCACCAAAAUCAGGAGCAGUCCAGAGCAGUGUGGCCGCGUAGGACCCCGCGCAUCUCAUCUCUGCCGCUGUCAACACUGCAGUCGCAGCCACAGACGAGGCAGACGAGGAGACAGACAAUUUCGCUCAAGUGUGGAAAGGCAGCAAAGCAAAAGGCUUUAUCUCGCAGCAAUGGCAGCAGAACUAGCAGCAGCAGCAGCAGCAGCAGCGGUGGCCUCACUCUGAACCUACAGUCUCAAAGAGUUGCACCUAAAAGCCCACCACAUCCUGUGCGUCGCAGUUCCAGACUAUCUCGAGAUUUGCUGCCCCCUUCGAACCAGCAUGUUGCACUUCCGCCGACACUGUCGCAGAACAGAGCGCGAUCCUUUGAAGUUAUAGACGAGAAGCUGAGACAGCAACUGAAUGCUAGCGAGCAAGAUGACGAGGACGAGGACAUUCAGCCCGACGCUGACGAAGACGCACAGGGUGAACAAGACAUUCACGCCAAGCAACAAGACCACGAGGAAGAACAAGAACCCGUCAUUUCCACCAGUCGCUCUGGUCGAAUCCGUCGGACCAAAGUCACGAGCAUGGCCGAGUCCGAAGCGUCGGAUGCUGAAGACGAUGAAGACGAGGAAGAAGUCGGACCACGCCGCUCCUCCCGACGUCUCAAAUCCAACGCACUCGAUGGUUUUGUUGCGGCUGACGACGAGGAAGAGGAAGACGACGAGGGCGAGUACGGAGCAAGACGCACAACGCGCUCCUCUGGUCGAUUACAACGCGGCGGCGCUUCCUCAAACAGUCGCCUUGUUGAAAUGGCUGCCAAAAAGCGUGCUGCGAAUGGCCGCGGUCGAUCCCAAAAGCGCAAGCCUCACGACGACGAGUACGAGAUGGAAGGCGACGAGACUCCAGAAGAGGAGCACAUCUCUGGAGCUGAGGACGAUCCGCUCGACAUCCACAGCGACGAGCCUGAGGGCAGCCAGGGCAAAUCAUACUCCCUCCGUCAGCGCAAGAAGGUCAACUAUUCGCUCGUGCCGCCUCCAGCCUCUCCGCCAAGGGAUGGCUUUGGUCGUGCCAUACGCAACAAUCGCGGUCGCAGCGCCAACGGAGCCUAUGAUCUCGACCCUGCCGUUAGCGGAGCUGCUCCUGGAGGUCCAGGCGUCGGCCUGCCCAUGCCGUUCCCAGGACGCGGAAAAAAGGGCAAGGAGGGCUGGGAUGCCUUGCCAUCCUCCAUGACAGGCAAGGACUACGCACGUAUCUUUGGCGACCCCGUCGAUAGUUCCGAUGACGAGCUGCAAAACAAUGCGCUGCGCAAACCAGGCGCACCUACUGCCCUCGGCGGCGGCGCUGCUGGCGGUCUGUUGGGAGCCGGUGGCGCUGCAGGUGGAGGUGGGCCCCCAGGAGGCUUGACUGGCUCCGGUGGCACCGACAGCUUUGGCCGAAUCAAGAAGAGCGGCGAUCCCCUGGCCGAUGUUGACCCUCUCGGCGUCGACAUGAACAUCGACUUUGACAGUGUCGGUGGUCUCGACGGCCACAUCCAACAACUCAAGGAGAUGGUCAUGUUGCCCUUGCUCUACCCAGAAGUCUUCCAACGCUUCAAAGUGACACCACCACGCGGAGUGCUCUUCCACGGUCCACCAGGUACCGGUAAGACGCUCGUUGCGCGUGCUCUAGCUGCUAGCUGCAGCACCGAGGGGCAGCAGGUUAGCUUCUUUAUGCGUAAGGGUGCCGACUGUCUCUCCAAAUGGGUUGGCGAGGCCGAAAGGCAGCUGCGUCUCUUGUUUGAGGAAGCGAGAAACUCGCAGCCCAGCAUCAUCUUUUUCGAUGAAAUCGAUGGCCUCGCCCCCGUUCGGUCGAGCAAGCAGGACCAGAUUCAUGCCAGUAUCGUCAGCACCAUGCUCGCCCUCAUGGACGGUAUGGACGGUCGAGGUCAGGUCGUCGUCAUCGGCGCCACCAACCGACCCGAUAGCGUCGAUCCAGCGCUGCGUCGACCUGGUCGAUUUGAUCGAGAGUUCUACUUCCCGCUGCCUUCGCUCGAGGCGCGAAAGAGCAUCAUCAACAUCCACACGAGGAAAUGGGAGCCACCGCUCGAAGAUGACUUCAAGGCGCGCCUCGCCGAAGUGACCAAAGGAUACGGGGGUGCCGAUCUGCGGGCGCUCUGUACCGAGGCUGCGCUCAAUGCCAUCCAGAGACGCUAUCCGCAGAUCUACUCGACCACGGAUCGCUUGCUGCUCGAUCCCGCCUCGAUUCAGGUGGAUGCCAAGGACUUUAUGAUGUCAGUCAACAAGAUUGUCCCUUCGUCGGCGAGAGCGAGCGCAUCGGCGGCUGCUCCUCUGCCGGAGCGCCUGAUACCGCUGCUCGGAGAUGUGGUGCAGGAUGCCAUCAGCGUGCUCGACAGGAUCCUACCACCCGUGUCGAAGCGAAAUCCGCUGGAGGAGGCGCUUUGGGAGGACGACACGUUUGCACCCAAGGGUCUGACUUCUGGUCUCUCGGCAGCUGACAAGCUUGCAGGAGACCGGGGCUUUGGUCGCGAAAUGCUCUUGCAGUCGUUCGAGGCGCAGCGUGUCUAUCGCCCACGCAUGCUUGUUCAUGGUGACGUUGGCAUGGGCCAGAGUGCCGUCGGUGCUGCUCUGUUGCAGCAUCUCGAAGGCUACCAUGUCCAAUCGCUCGACAUCGGUACGCUGCUUGGCGACAGCGCUCGUACACCCGAAGCGGCUAUUAUCCAACUGUUUGUAGAGGCGAAGCGACACAAGCCGAGCGUGUUAUACAUUCCUGGUAUUGUCCACUGGUCGCGCUCUGUCUCAGACAGCGUCAAAACCACGUUUAAAGCGCUCCUCGAUGGUUUGACGGAUGCAGACCCAGUGAUGCUUCUGGGCAUUGCCGAAGCACCUUUGGACGAGCUUGAUGACGAAGUUCACUCGUGGUUCAAUUUCUUAGACGAUGAUUUGGUCGAGAUCUCACGACCAGACGACGAGAGCCGACGCGUGUUCUUCCAAGAGAUCUUCGACCAUAUCAUUCGGCCACCCACCGAAUUUCCCGAUGCUCUUCCGCGACGCAAAAGGGUGCUUGAAGAGCUGCCAAAGGCACCGCCUCGCCCACCGCGCAAGCUCACGCAAGCCGAAUUGCAGCAACAGGUGGAGAACGACAAUAAGCUGCUUGAGCAUCUCAAGUACCGCUUGGGUCCCGUUCUUGCCGAGUUGAGAAAGAAGUUCAAAAAGUUCACUCGCGAUGUUUGGGAUGAAUACAACCUUCGGGAGCUCACGCAGGCAUUUGAGUGGAAGCGCGAGAAGGGCAAAAUCACCGUCGAGCUGCGAUACUACGAGCCCGGAGCUGCGGCUCGAAUGGCGGCCGAGGCGGCAGCCAACGACGAGGCGGAGGAUCGCGCGAUGCUCGAGACCGAGGCGGAUAGAGCGGCAAAACGUGGCAUCACCGCAGCUCAGUUCAUGAACCCUUCUGCGAAUACCAUUACCGAGGUCGGUGCGGAGCAGACUGACGAGAGUGCAUUUGCUGGAGAGAGGGUGGCGGCCAACGGUGCGGUUUUCAACAGUACAGCCAAUGGCGUUUCGGAGACUGCUGGUGAUGGUUAUGGCACAGCCGACGGUGGUGUUCCGCCUCCGUCCUCCCAGGCGGUUGGCGUUGCCGCUGGCGAUGCUUUUACCAUGACUCCCGCCACUGCUGCUGCUGCUGCCGAUGCCUCUUCUGCGUCUGGCGUCGCCGACACCUCGAUCGCUUCUGCGUCCGCCGCUGUAAACGGCAACGGCAACGGCAACGGCAACGGUGAUGGUGUCAACGAAGACGCAGACUACCGCACGCGCACGAUGCCCAUCUGGACGACCAACCUGGAAAAAAUGCAAAAGCGACUGUACUAUAACGGCUAUCUCUCGUGCUCGGCAUUCAUGGACGACAUCCAGAAGAUCGUCGAGAAUGCAGAGGAAGCGGCUGAGGUGGAUCAAGAUCGGGUGUUCCGAGCGCACCAGAUGCGCAAUUUGGCGAUUGUGUUGAUGGACCAGUACAUCGACGCAGGGUUCCGAGAAGAGUGCGAUCGCAUGGCGUUGCGACAGAUGGCGAGGGAACAAGAGGCGCGUGAUGCGACGGAGAAGGCGAAACAGAGCGCAGAGGAGGCAGCGGCCAAGAAGGCGGAAGGGGUCAAAGGCGAGAGGGCAAGUGCUCGGAUUGCGGGUAAGCAGCCCGAGGUGGCAGGGGAGCUGGAGAAGGAGAACGGCGACAGGCUGAAUAACAAGAGGCAGAGGAGCGUGAGUGGACAGGCUGCGGCGACUGAGGCUAAACAAGCUCUAGAGGCGACGGAUGCGGUAAUGGCAGAUUCAGGCGCAGACGAGGAGGAGGCGAGGAAACGCGCACGUAUUUCAUCGCCAUCGAAUGUCGACAUGGACGGCGCUGACGCUGGCGCUGGCAACGACACGGCCACAUGUGGAGAGGCAGCUUCUGUGGUCCCUGCUGUUGGCACGAUUGAAGCUGGAUCAGAGCGCGAGCCGGCCGAGCCACAGGCCGACCACCCACCGCUUGUCUACACACCUGCGGCGUACGAGGAGCUGAAAAAGCACAUGAUCACAUCCUCGGCGCACUACAACAUUGACCAGCUCUCGCGGCUGCGCGCCGCAUGCUUCAACGCCAUCUGGUCGCACCGCAGCGACUGGCACCGAGACGCUCUCAUCGCGCGACUCAUCCAGAUCUCCAACAAGUCCGAGCUCGCCGUCCGCAGAGAAUCACACCCCAAACCGACCCUGUAA